AUGCGGUGUGAGCUUCAUGGAAUGGGUUUCCAUGGCCGAGCAGCUGCAUGCAAGCCUUACAUCACCAAGUCCAAUGCCAAGCGUCGGAUGGAGUGGUGUGAAGCGCAUCGUCACUGGACUGUGGAGCAGUGGAAACAUGUUCUGGGGAGUGACGAAUCACGCUUCUCUGUUUGGCUGUCAGGUGGUCGAGUCUGGGUUUGGCAGAUGCCGGAAGAACGUUACCUGCCUGACUGCAUUGUGCCAACUGUGAAGUUUGGUGGACUAGGCCCCUUAUCUCCAGUGAAGGGUUAUUCAUCCCUUCUGCUUUUACCCCCCAGUGUGCUGGCCUAUCAGCAACCUAAUGCCAAGAAACUCCGUCGCAUCGCCCAGAAGGCUGAGCAGCUGGAAGCCAAAGGCGUGGUGCCACGGAGGCAGAAACAGCUGCUGAACAGACGGCCGGUCAACAGGACGGCCAAGAAGGCAGUGACAGAGGCCAACAACAACCCAGACAGAGACUAUUAUGACAUAUGGGGGCAAGAGUCUAAAGAUCAAGGUGACUCCUGGUACCUUCAACAGACGGGCAAGAAGCGUGUCAAGCGUCCAGAGAAGCUGAAUGAGAAGCCGUCUGUGCUUCCCGCUGUGGAGGUGAUUGCUCCUGGAGGAUCCUACAACCCAGACUUCUUCUCCCAUCAGGCCUUGCUGCAGGAGGCCCACGAGGUGGAGGUCAAGAGACAAAAGGAGGAAGAUAAAAUACAGAGACAGCUGGCUGUCAACAGAGAAGACACAGCAACAGAGGAGACGAUCUUGAGAGAGCAGGUAGAAGGCCUGGUAGAAGAGGAGAAUGAAGAAGAGGCACCUCCUAAUGAGGAAGAGGAGGACGUGGCAGUGGGAGCCAUCUCACUGGCAGACAAGAAGACUGAAAGGCAGAGGAAGAAAGAGAGGGCUGACAAAAUUAAGUUUCAUGUCUCCGCACAGUGA